CUGUACUAAGUUACACUUCGAUUUGACUUCGAUCGGGAGUUGCGCAUCCAAGUACUUCGCAUCCAUGAAGGUCGGACACGUCCAUAUAGUUUGUUUCGCCAAGCCAGUCUGGGCCUGGCCCGACUGGGCAUGUUGUCAACGCCUUGAAGCUUUAAGUUCAGAGCCUUCGAGCACGUUUGAGAGCUUGUCUUUGCACCGUGACCUUUGCCUUUGGUGUACCAACCAUUCAAGUGCUCUAGUCCUUGUCAAGUUCUUUGCGUUUCUCUAUGACAAACUCUUCUAGUUCCACCCACAUGUUGGAACUGUUUUCAACCAAUCGAUUGGCCGACGAAACAGGCCUCAGAGCUGCCUUGCGUCACUUAGACGCUCUAGGAGGUCACAGUGAAUUACAACAUGCGGUCGAGCAUCUGCUUUCUCUCCCUCAUGUUUUCGCAUACAUUGUCUCUGUUUGGGAUCGCUCUGUUGAAAUGAUCUCACAAAUAAUGGUCGACUUUCCUACAGACGCCCAAGAGUACCGCUCAUCCCUUGCGCACAAGAUGCUGGACAAUCUGUCCGUUCACGUUCUAGCCCUACCAGUUGAGUCUUUGGCGAGGGAUGUCGCGAUGGACCUUGGCCGUUACAGGUCCUUCAUUCAGGGCGCAUCGCCCGUGCUUUGUGCGUUGAGCACUAUGAAAUUUGCCGACGUAAAGUCGCUUGAGAACGAUUUCGAUCUCUUCGGAGUCGAACCUGAUGACAGAUUUGUCAACAUGCAAGCGUCCCGGGCCAUGCGCAAGCGUGAUUGCCAGAAUGCUCGUGUAACCAUCGAUGCGUCACUCUUCGCCACAAUUGGCAUGGAUGUACCUUCCACAAGUGAGGCAGCCACAUCGCUGUCCACUUACAUUUUCGCAGAGCUGAAAAAAAUCCUCUCGUUCUACCUCUCGCUUCUGCGGAGGACGGAAUUAGCGGGCGACAUCAAAGCCUUGCUCUUCCCAAAUGUAGAAGAGUCUGCCAAAGAUGUUGCGCCUGACGUUUCGUUCCCCGAAGACGCCGAGAGCUCAACAGAACCAAGUGCAUACCCAAUGGUACAACCCAUGAAGGCUGCUCUUUACUUCGACGACGCGGAUGGGUUCGGAGAGUGGCGAAUCCUGAUAUCAACCGAGGCAUAUAAACAUUUGCGUGAACACCGUCGAGCGGACAAGAAAAUAUUCAAGAUCAUCUACAAGAAGAUCAAAGAUCUCUCGCAGGGCCACUUCUCGACCGACAAUUACAAGAGACUCAAUGGACCGGAUGCAGGCAUUCCCAUCUUCGAAGCCAAGAUGACCAGGGACCUACGGCUGGUGUACCAGAUCGAUUGCGUCCCUGACCCGCAUGGCCAGUCCGAGAGACAAGCCAUCAAGGUAUACGGGAUCUAUAAACACUCUGAGCUUGGCAGAAUAUGGAAUGCCUUGGGCAAUCAUCUAGCACGCAGGGGUGCGGAAUAUCGUAGACGAUGCAUAUUUCGGACCAAACUUGCUGACAACGUUAUUCUGCCGGCCUCAUUCCCGCCAGCGGAACCCGAGCCAGAAAUUGCGGCAAGCCCACUGGAUCUCAGUGCCCAGGACAUGGAGCAUCUUCACUCUUUGCUUGUCCUAGAAAAAUAUGUUACAUUCUCGCAAGCAUUUUUGCACAGUCUCAUCGCAAAUCAAGAUGUACAUCAUGUCUUCAUGCUCUCUCCACAAGAACAAAAAGUAGUCGAUUGCGCUACGUCGUGCUAUGUCUUGGGUCGCAGCGGCACAGGAAAAACAACGACGAUGCUGUUCAAGAUCCUUGGCAUUCAGCGAGCCUGGCAAUCAAGUGCCAUUGACAUGCCUAAGCCACGUCAAAUUUUUGUUACUAAAUCUAUAAUGUUGGCGACAGAAGUGGAAGAAUACUUCACGAGGCUUCUCGAGUCCCUUGCAAUGGGAGGCUAUACGCUGCACGAAAUUGCGAAACUCAGGGCACAACGCAUCGAAGCCGAUCUUAUUGAUCUUGAUGAUGCUCCUGAGUCGCAGGUGAAUGUACCGACGAGAUACAGCCAACUCGAGGACAAGCAUUUCCCCUUAUUCGUGACUUUUGAUCGACUAGCAAAGAUGAUCGCAGCCGACAUCUUCAACAUGGAUGAUCCUGAGACGAAGCAUAUCGCCGAGCUUUUCUUCGACACUGACGAUGCAGAGGCGCGCGACUCAUUUGUCACCUAUGAUGUAUUCGCAAAGCAAUAUUGGCCACAUUUUCCGCAGGGUCUCACCAAGAACUUUAGUUCAUGGCUGGUUUUCAGCGAGUUUAUGGGUAUCAUCAAAGGCUCCGAACAGACGUUGGGCUUUCCGGAUGGAUUCCUGGACCGCCCAAGCUACCUUGGUCUUCCCUUUCGCUCCAAUCCGACCUUUGCAAACCAGAGAGACACUCUCUAUGACAUGUUCGAGAUCUACAGAAAGUUCAAGAAACAGAAACGCCACUUCGAUGUAGCGGAUCGUACGCACGCAAUACUCAAGGUCUUGCGAAACCAAAAAUUUCCUGGUCAGCAGGUUGAUUGUCUGUAUGUCGAUGAGGCGCAAGAUAAUCUUUUGAUCGAUGCGCUGGUUUUGAGGCGACUGUGUAGGAAUCCAGAUGGUCUUUUCUGGGCUGGGGAUACUGCGCAGACGAUCUCUGCCGGAAGUUCCUUCAGGUUCAACGAUCUGAAAGCGUUUGUCUAUCGCAUGGAGCAGCAACGUAACUCGGUAACACCCAUUAGAGUCCCUGUGCAUCAACCAACAAUGUUCCAAUUGGCAACCAACUACAGAUCACACAAUGGCAUCGUGAACUGCGCUCAUUCUGUCAUCGAGCUCAUCACGAAGUUCUGGCCAAACGCAAUUGAUCACCUCCAAGCUGAAAAGGGGGUGGUUGAUGGAGUGAAGCCAAUAUUUUUCACAGACUUGGAUGAUGACACUCGCUGCAAACGGUUUUUGGUCGGGGAGAGUGCGAGUAACUCAGGGCUUGGACACCGCCAGUGCAUACUUGUGCGUAACGAAGCAGCGGUCAACAAGUUGCGAGAACAACUAGGCAAUAUUGGAAUGAUAUUAACGCUCCAUGAGAGUAAAGGCCUUGAGUUCGAAGAUGUUUUCUUGUACAACUUUUUCAGAGAUUCCGCCGUAGAUGCAUUGUGCUGGCGGGUAGUUCUCAACGGGGUGCAGGGUCAAGGAUAUGCACCUGAUUUUUAUCGUGACGAGACUCGAUACGCUGGAAUAUGCAGUGAAUUGAAACAUCUCUACGUGGGGAUUACCCGAGCAAGGAGGAAUGUAUGGAUCUUUGAUACAUCUGACAAGUCUGAUGCUAUGCGUAUUUUCUGGGAGUCUCAAAAACUAAUCCAUACCUGUUCUCGCGGCACCGAUGUUCCUCCUCUAGCUGUCACCUCUACUCCGGAAGAAUGGGCAUCCUCCGGGCGCUCAAUGUUUUUUCAUAAACACUACUCGCAGGCUAUUCAUUGCUUUCAGCGUGCUGGCCUUCGCCGCGAAGUGGAGGUUUGCGAAGCUUAUCUACUACGGGAAGCAGCGCGUUCCAGUGCCGGAGUGGACUCGCUAAAUGUUCAACGAAGAGCUUUUACCACGGCAGCAGAUGCCUUUGCUGACUGUGGCGCAGCUGCGACGGGCCGUGAGAGUCGUCAAUAUUACCGCACCUCGGCGGCUUGCUACGUCCGAGGUAGACAGGACCUCAAUGCCGCUGACACCUAUCUCAAGGCUGAAGAGUUUGAGCUAGCUGCAAAGACAUAUCGCAAGACUGGAUCUUUUGACAAGACACUCCAUGUCCUUACCAAUCACCGCACCAUGAUACCUGAAACGACCGCGAAAGAUUUGUGGACUGUAUGCCGAUUUCAUUACUGCAGCAGAAGCAUCAAUCAAGCUCCCGUGCCUCUAUUCUCUUCGGUUGACGAGAAACUCGAGUUUUUGGAGGAAUAUGACUUGGAUAAUGCUCGUGUUUCUUUACUCGAGUCUCACUCGAGAUACUACGAGGUCGCAGAUAUCCACUUAUCAGAGAACCGCCCCAUAGAAGCAGUUCAAGCAUUCCUCAAGGACAACGGAAACACUGAUUCAGCUGCUCGUGCGGCUGACACUCUUCUGGAAUUCAUGUGGCACAAAUGCUCAUUUAGGAUCACCCGCAAAGCCGCCAUUGCUGACGACUCAGUGCGACACUCUAUUCCCCUCGCUGAUCGGCUGCUACUGAAGAAACUGGAGCCCGCGACUCGUGAUUUGGUCUUGAUGUUUCUGAGCAUCUUGCGAGAAGAUCGUGGGUCGUUGAAGAAACUCGCUCUUGCCUUCCAGAAACGCGAUCAUCAAACUGCCGCUCUCCUUUGCCUGGAUCACUUUUUCGCUCGGGUGACAGACAUUCGUCCUUUCCAACUCCACGAAAUGGCAAGCUUCCUUGAAACGUUUCACACCUAUGCGCAAAUCCUCUAUCAAAUUUCGACUUUGCCUGACCCCCUAGGGCGCCGCGAAUGCGAUGUACAAAGACUGUUUUCGAUUGUGCCACUUUCGGGAGACAAGUUUCUCAUUCCGAGUGGGACAUUCCUCUACGAUAGCGCGACAGGAACUCCUGAGAACAGGCGUCUGGUCUCGGUGCAUCAGCUCGGAUAUACGGCCUCUCGUAAAAACGCGACGGAAUUGAUCCAUCUGUCCAUUCGAACUGUCUUGAAGGACAAGGUUUUGGCAGUCGAUGAAAUGUGUUGCGGUGCUCCGGUCUUUUUGCAGUGCUUGCCGUUCGUUAUCUCUGGGACCUGUCAAAGAGAGCGAUGCCCCCAGGAACAUGUCGCGAUAUCGAACUUGAACCGCAUGCAAUACAACGCCCACAUCGCAAUCUAUAUGCAGAUUAUUCUCAUCUUACAACUCUUGUAUUCUGCACAUCCUAGUACGAAACAAUGGGAAAGUAUGAGGGACUGGCUCGAACACCUGUACGAGGCGCUGACUCCGCCCUUGUUCAUUCAAGGUUCCUUUGCGGACCUUGAUUUGACACUCAUUCCGCAUGGCUUAGCUGGCUUGGGGGUGGUGAAGAACUGGAUUCGCGAAUCCUUUUAUAGAUUGAACCCGUCCCAGAGCCAGUUUCUAACGACUUUGAUGAGAAUCACCAGUUUGAGUUUCGUUUUCGACCGGGAUGAUGCUCCUGCCUACAUUUCUCAGACAGUGUUUCUCGCCCCAAAUAUUUCCACCAAGCUCCUCCGCAAACCAGAUAAUCACUACCUGGUGAACGACAUGCUCAAUUCUUACCGAGGAGCUACGCAAAGCAGUAUAUCGUCGGGAAUUAUGUAUCUACGGCAUGUCCUCGACAACCGUUUACACGUCAAUUUGUCUGUUCUAUGCGACUGCAUUGAGGGUAUCCUUUCCUCUUUCGUAAUCAAUCACCGAAUGAAACCCACCCCCAACGUCCCUCCACUUCAUGGUGUUGUUCUCCCGUCCAACUGGUUGAUCUCCCCCUACAAUUUUUCUGUGGAAAAAUACGUCGAACCAGCGUCAGUGGGCUCACUCUUGGAUGCGAUAGGGAAUCUCAUAGAGAUGUUGCGUGUGAAUGGCGGCAUGGAUUUUCUGUGGCUUGCACAUAGCACAAUUAUCACGCCGUUACUUCGCAAUGUUUUCAUCUUCCGGCUUUGCAGGACUCUUUGCCUUGUUGCUCACAACACAUGGUACCCCAUGGUCAAGCGCAAAGUAAAUUCAAUCGUGCUUCAUCUGCGCAAAAAUACUAGACAUUGGCGCCCUGCAUACUAUCAAAAACUCGUGGACGACAUAAUUGAGCAUAUUGCGCUCUUGCCCGGCAGAGGAAUGCCUCGCGUGGAUGGCUAUCUCCGAGCUGUUCUCGAUUUCGACAACAACAAUGCUGCGAGCGAUCUUGUCGAACUUGUUCACAAGACGAAGCGGUCUACUCAAAUCUCGUCGGUACGACAACUGUUUUACGAGAAGGCUAGUGAAAUUCCCUAUCUUCUUUCUUCGCACGUGGUCGCUGCACAGUCUAUGCUGAGGGCGGAGGCAGCCACCUUUGUGCCUCGUCCCAAAGAUGAUGUAGAAAUUCACCAGGACGAGAAGGAGAACUUGGAGCCGACACCCCAAGAAUCCGAUGGAGGGAAAGUGGAGGAGGAAGAAGUCCCAGUGGUCAUUGAUUCUGAGGCCGAUGAUGGCAUGGAAAACAUGGAUGAAGCAAUCGCAUCCCUUGACCCUGUGCCAGACACGUCUCUUCGCUCCAAUGAACCAUCAGAAGAGCAACACAGUGCAGCUCGCAAGAUUCAGAAUGCAUACUGGCGUUACGUUCAACAUCGCUCGGGCCCUGCAGUAGAUGCGGAAAUAGAUGCGAUAUUCACAACAUGCUUCAAGGAAACGCAGUCCCCUGAAUGGCACCCGCGUUAUUACCGCCUUCUUUUCCUUGGACCAUUGCCCCACCUUUUAGCGUGCCUGAGAAAAGGCGUUACUCUAGCUGAUGCUGCCAAAGCGAAGGCGAAAUCCCGUCUCAACGAGGAGUCCCAUGAAAAGCUCGAGGAAUUGGUCAAGCAGAUAAGCGAGAUCACAUUGCUCCUCAAGAAGGGUUUGCAAUUGUGCAAGCAGCUAGAGCCUUCCUCACCAGAUCAUCGUACCUGCGACAUCGACGCCCUCAAACGCGCGGUUUUGGAGGUCGAGGAAUUCAUUCAGAGGGUCCCCGGCAGCACGAAGGAUAUGCGAAUCAAUCUUCAAGUGGCGUAUAAGGGAAUUGUUGCAGAGAAGAAGCUGUUUCGCGUGCGAAAGGAGAAACCUGCGCUUAACGUCGAGGAGGACCUAUAGAUCCAGUUGUUUGAGACCGUGAUCCGAUAGUGUUGUGUAAGAUUGUGUACCAAUACGUACUUAGUACUUAGUCUUCUAUCUUUUUUAAUCUCAGUCGUUCCUCCAUUAUC